AUGAGAAAAUACCCCCACACGAGUCCCCACAAGAACUCUCGCAAGAAGCAUCACAAGAACACUCUCGAUUUCCUCCUGACCGACUUUGCUAUGAACUUUCUCACCGGCAUCAAGAAAUCAAUCGGCACCCAAGCCCUCUACUACGAUGAUAAUGAUGUCAACAUGAUCGACGUCCCUGUUUCUGGAUGUGAAGGCGACUACAUCCUUUCCGCGGCCGAACUCAAACGCUACUUCGGCGUGAAAGCCGCACGAAUGGGGAAGCUUCCCGAAUACCUCAUCGUUCCGCGUCUCAAUAGCACUUGGAACUCUUCCAGGAGCGAGUCCACCUCCCGCUCGUGGUGGGACAUCACCGGUGAAGUCGUAGCCUACAAGCCGCUUGCAUGGGUCCCUAUCGUCCGCGAGAAGGGCACUAUCCCCUACAACCACUUCGAGACCGAGUACGAGAAGAAUUCAACAACGAUCGAGACGUCGGACAUCUACGGCCACUUCGAGGCAUCCUUCACCAUGUCCAUUGGUGGCAGCUGGAAGGCCGUUAAGGCGGAGGUCUCGACUACCACUAAGGUGGAGGCAAACUACAAGAAGUUCACAGAGGUGAAGGAGGAGAUCAGGCAGAAAGGCACGAUCGGCGACGUCGUCAUCAAGGAGAUCAUCUUGGGCAUGGCUCUGCGUGUGCAGCGCGUCUACGAGCAUUCCGUGCACUUGCACCUCAACGACGAGGCCAAAGGCAACUCCCUUACCUGGGAUGGACCGUUGUCGUGGGGUGAUCUCUGGGUCGCCUCCAAUGCCCUCCCCAACGUGGAGUUCUUGCAGUUCCACCCUAUGAGCAUGACCGGGACUGGACACAGCAGUUCUCUGUUUCUUCAGGCUCUUCCGGUUUUCAACGCCGAACGCCAUCUGGAUAAUUUGCAUCUCGUCCUGAGUUGCAAAAGCUGGACUGAUUGGUACGUUUACAAUGGCGGGGUCAAGACUGCUUACGCCAUCGGGGCCGGCAGGACGGAGACUUUGCCUGUACCAGGCAAGCAGCCGUUGGUGACAUUCAUCGCGGCUGGCAAUAGAUCGGGAGUCGAGCAAUGA